AUGCCUACACCCGUAUAUGGAACCAGGCGGAGAACCAAAUCCUCGGAGCCAAACUCUCUCGGCAAGGCAGGCGCAGACUUGGACGUGCCACAAUUCGAACCUGGUCCAAUACGGUCCACAUCACUGUCCGAUGUCGACGUGAGCGAAACAAGCUCGGAUGACUAUACUCCUACGCAGGAACAUGCACCGGCACCGCCUGUGUCUUCUACUACUGCUCGCACGUCUUCGCCCAGUGUGUCAGCGCCGGCCGUCACCCCUCGAACAUCUACGCCAUGGAUGGAGGUCGACCCCUCGAUCGCUCUGGCCCUUGCGAUGCCGAUUGGUAGCUGGCUUACAGGAGGAGAUCAUCUGAAGCAUAUCUUCCUGGCCAUUCUGCUUGUCGUAUAUCUUCACCAGCUCAUAUCCGUUCCUUGGGAACUGUACCGCGCCUCACGCACUCGCCGCCCACACACUCCUUAUCAAGCUUCCCCGCAAAGUGACGCGGAAACUCCCGAGCUCGACCGGCUACGGGAGCUCGCAUCUUCCGAGCUUCAGACGCUCGAGAUCUUCUACCUCUUGCUGUCCGCCGGCGCUCCAUUCAUAGGAGCUAUCUUACUUCGCUACGUUCUACACACUGUGAGCGGGCCGAAUGAACUAUCUUGGUUCAGCGCCACGCUCUUCAUCCUGACGACCGGCCUGCGACCUUGGUCACACCUGAUCUCUCGUCUUCGGAAGCGAACUGAAUCGCUGCAUGAUGCAGUGCACUACCCGUCACCCGAUCUACAACUCCUCGCGGACUCCCGCUUGAAGUCCAUACUCGAUCGAGUGGAGGCGCUCGAGACUGAGCUCGCUGAAGCGAAGCGUCUCGUGGCGACCAAGGACCACGUCGAGGAAGUCGUAGAGGAUCUCGACGACUCCAUAGACCGUGUCGAACAGGCCGUGGAGAAGAUAGAGCGCGCGGUGGAAAGCGGUCAAGCCGCUGCGAGUACCCGUAUGGCCGCACUCGAGAAAAGUAUCGCGCGUGCUCUAAGCAAAGGGCGCAACGAGAAAGUCCGCAUCGCUACCGCUGGUGUCGGAAACGUCCCGGCAUAUGCUAUGGCUCAGAGCUACGCCCACCCACAUACGGGCGCCGUCUUCUCCGCUCUCGUCCGCAUCCUGUUCUACUUCUGGUCCAUCGCCACUCUCAGCUUCCUCUUCAAACCUACAUUACCCCCACCACCAAGCCCUUACCGUCGCACGUCCCCAAUCAGCCCAAACAAACCUAACCUCACGCACAUCAAAACGCCCCGCCGGUUGGAGACCAUUAUCGAAGUCUCUCAAGAGGCUCCGGGAGAGAGCAGUCCUUCAGACUCGGACUUAGCCGACAACGAAGGGCCAAAAUCUCCCUCACAGACGCACGCGGAGUCGCCUGUGGCACAGAGCGCCGCGGAUCUCGCUGCAGACGUCGUGACCUUACCCUACCGCGCCUCCCUUGGAAUAUUAUCCGCUGUCGCUCGUGUUGUCCGUUGA